CUCCCAGCCUGGCCAGGCAUUCACCCAGUGGCUGGGCCCCUGGAAUCUGAGCAGCUGCGGGCGCUUGGGCGCGGAAUGGGGAAUGACGCACUGGCCAGGCAGUCCACCUCAGGUCAGCCAGCCAUGCACCUUCCUGUGUUAGCCCAGCCAGCGAUCAAAGGGCCAUCAACUGGCUCCAAGCUGGCAACAGCUGGCCUCUCUCGAAGCCCAGACAUUGAACUGGCGCCUCUCUACCAAGACCAAUAAAUCAGCCAGUCUCCUGAUCCAAGGUCAUGCCAUUGCAAGACGACCUCUUCAGUACUUCAUGAUGUUUUCUUCUUCCGCCGGCGGCAAGAAGGCCACUCCCCAGCAGGAGAUGGUGCAAGUUGAGAGGUCCGACUCUGCUUCCCCGUUCUGGAAGGCCCCUCAGCGGGACACCCCGCCUUUAAAGAAGCCAGCACGCGACUCGAGUCUGGUAGUCGGCGCCGCCUAUUCACAUGCCGACAUUCUCAAGUUUGAUUCCUUAAAUAUAUCUGGGUCCGGAUCGCGCCCAAGAACCCCGCCAUCAGCGACGUCGGCCCUUGAACGAGUCCCGACACAAUCCCCGACCACACGAACCAGCAAAUCACCACCUUUCAAGCAAUACAUGAACUUCCUUUCCAGUACCAACGAUGACUGGACCGCCGACGAAGCAGAGGAUAUGUAUGACUAUGAGUCGGACGACGGAGACGAUUUUGGGCUUCCCAGUCUAUCCAACAUGAAGAGGAGGACAAGAAAAAAAGCGGAACAAAGCAGGGCGCAUCUGGACGACGGACUCAAUGGCGGUAGUCGAGAAAGACGCUACUCAAACAGCGAAGACAUAGCGAUCGAGAGGCCAGCAGCAAGUUACCCGAUGCCGAAGAAGAGUGAAGGAAAGAUUCUACGACCACAGUAUAAGGAGAUCUUGCGCGAUCCGGCAAACGCCUUGCACCUAAUCAACCACCCCUCGAUACCCGCCAAUGCCACCCCGAAAGAAGUUGACGCCAUAAAUUCAAGGAUAACAAGAAUAAACAAGUUCAAGAAGCUCCUCCAAGCCUCUACUAUCCCACUACCAGAUCUCCGGUCACUGGCAUGGUCUGGCGUCCCAGAAGAGGUUCGCGCCAUGACCUGGCAACUGCUUCUCAGCUACCUCCCUACCAGCUCGGAAAGAAGGGUAGCCACACUCGAACGAAAAAGAAAAGAAUACCUUGACGGCGUGCGCCAAGCCUUCGGAGGAGGCGGGCAACCAGCGCCAGGAAGCAGUGCACCACCCCGAGGAACGAACCGAGGCCUAGACGAGGCCAUCUGGCAUCAAAUCAGUAUCGAUGUCCCCCGCACAAACCCACAUAUCGAACUCUACAGCUACGAAGCUACGCAGCGGUCUCUUGAGCGCAUUCUGUACGUUUGGGCUGUCCGUCACCCGGCAAGCGGCUAUGUCCAGGGUAUCAACGACCUAGUGACACCAUUUUGGCAAGUUUUCUUGGGAACAUAUAUCACAGACCCAGAUAUCGAAAGUGGUAUGGAUCCGGGGCAGCUCCCUAAGGCGGUUCUUGACGCGGUGGAGGCGGAUUCAUUCUGGUGUCUGACUAAACUGCUGGACGGGAUCCAGGACCAUUAUAUCGUGGCGCAGCCAGGAAUCCAGAGACAAGUUUCGGCACUGCGAGACCUGACGGCGAGAAUUGAUGCCGGGCUGGCGAAGCACUUGGAGAAGGAGCAGGUGGAAUUCAUCCAGUUUAGUUUCAGGUGGAUGAACUGCCUGUUGAUGAGAGAAAUAAGUGUCAAGAACACGAUACGGAUGUGGGAUACAUACAUGGCGGAAGAACAAGGCUUCUCGGAAUUCCACCUAUACGUCUGUGCCGCCUUUUUGGUAAAGUGGUCAGACAAGCUGGUAAAGAUGGACUUUCAAGAAAUCAUGAUGUUUUUGCAGUCGUUGCCGACGGGGGACUGGACGGAAAAGGACAUUGAGCUGCUGCUGAGCGAAGCCUAUAUCUGGCAGAGUCUAUUCAAGGGGUCGAGUGCCCAUUUGAAAGGGCAGGGUGGGGAGGGGAGUAGGAGUGCGAGUAUGAACUUUACUCUGUGAGGGAUGAAAGACUGGAUGAGGGCGAGCGAGCUUUUCUUUUGGUGCUAUGGGUUGGGGUCACAUUUUCAGCAUAGCAAGUUGUAAUAAUUUGGGAGGAAAAGAUGGCUGGAACAAUUUGGGGGUAACGCAUGGGGAAGAUAAAACUGAACAAAAUUAUAAGAUGAGGAUAGGGGCAACGGGACUGCUGGAGCAAGCAAAGUGCGGUUGUCAAGUUGGUGCGGGAUUCAAAUAUACAGUACUAGUUAAUCAAUGCUCGAUUGAAGAGUGGCACACAUUGCUUUUGAUUCUGAACAUCUUUGGAGUGUUGAUUCAAAGACUACCUUGCUAGCCUUGUUUGUGCAGGGUUAAUAUACCUCAACUAGACCAUGUCAUCUUGACAUCUGUUCCUCUCUCCCAUUCCCAACUUUAGCUCCCCUUGAAUAACCCAUCCAAGUUUUUAAUGAUGAUGAGAGAGAGAGAGAGAGAGUAAAAAGCGCG